ACUUCCUGAGCUAAACUAGAACGCAUCUCUUGACUUGUCUCUCGACUUGGCGUAUCGCAUCCUCUCGCUAUCUGCGCUUUGCUCUUCGUCUGCACGAAUCCUUGAUAUUAUGUGCCACGCAUCCACACCACGUGAUCAGCUACAUAAGAAGGAAAAACGCUUCGUACAAGAAUUGAAAUUCUUUUUCACGUCGACGCGCUCUGAUUUUCGGCGAAAUUCGAUUCCGUCCAACUGCAGAGAGAGGACUGACAAGUGCUCGAAACGUCGUCUCAUCAUUGGUGGCCUGUUGAAAAGCUAUCGGUCCAAAGUGAAGAAUAGACUCAUCGCCUGGGGACAAUCAGGGUAGGAACAUUCCACUGAAAUUUGUUACAAUUUUUCUUGUUAACUCAUUUCUAGGUCUCAAAUAUGUGUUACCAAUCGGUUACAGUUCCUAUGUAGGUCUUGUUAAAAACUAUGUAGACUAUACUGAGCUCAUCUACUUGGGCCAUGUUGAAUCUAAGGGUGUGAAAAUGAGUAUAUGAAAUGUGGUGAGUCGGAUAUUUUUAAUCACAAUGUUACUUGUUUGUUCAUUAUAUACUCUAACAGGCACAUUGUUUAGACACAAUCUAUCAAUUGACACUUUCGUGAAAUAAUAAUUAACUAUUCUCAUCGGGAAUUUAAGGAGCCAUAGUGUAUUGUUUUGGAGCACAUUGUUCGAAAUAAGCAUGCAAUUAUGACUCUCAUAUAAACUAAUUGGAAAAUUAAAAAUUUUUCACGCUAUUUUCCAUUGUGGAAAUUGAUUCUAAUGUUGAGAAUUAGUAAUUGUGUUGGAUAAUGAACUUUUGAAUUCUGUACAACAAUAAUAGUGUGAGUAUCAAUACCUAGUGGGCUUAUUAUGUUAGUUCUCUAAUAGGCGGGCAUUAUAUUUAGCUUCUUUUGAAUACAUGCUUGAUCUACGAUAGUUGUUCAAUAAAACAACUUGCUGAUUGAUUGAGCAUUUAAUAAAAAUAUUGAGAAGUGUGGUUCCAAAGAACUAAUUGAAUACUCUCAUUCUAAUUUAAAUUUGAAAAUUCACUUAAGCACAUAUUUGCAUAUGUGUUAUAGUUUAGCAUUUCUUAUUCAACAUUUAUUCUAACCGAACAGUUUUCAUUGUCUAAAUUUAUGCAAAUCUGAUUAUUUCCACUGUUCAAUCUAAUCUCGUUAGAGUCUGAAAAUAAUUGGAAAGCUAUUUUAACUUUCGAUCGUCUUUGACGUAAUUAACGUAUAAUUUAUUGUAGUCAAUGCCUAUUGGAUGAGAGUUCAUCAGAGUUUUUGAAAACGCAAGGUUGAAUAAUUUUUGCAAGUUCAGUGGGGUUGAAAGUUUUGUCAUCCCUUUGCAAUUACUCAAUUAUCAAUUGAUAUUGGGGGUAAUUUUGAUUGAAGCGACUACCACCAACCCCCCCUCCCUGGCUGCAAUGGAGUGUGUGAAGCGCGCCUAGACGACUAACUUGGACUGACCAAUGGCGUUCGAGCUGAAGUUUUGCGCCCUCUCUGUCGCACACAAUUCAAAAGUUUCGACUCUCUCCUCCUGUCACACCCUUGGCCUAAUCCGUCUCAGUUUGUGUUCUCAUUCUCGCUUCGUCCGUUAUCAUCGUGCGGCCACGUCACGGAUGGUAAACAAGUAAACAAAUAAACAAUAAACAAAAAGCAAUCAAAACAUGUGUUUCACUGUGCACACACAUAAUAGGAACGGCAGAGGAAAAGUGUAGGCUGUAUAGGAGGGGUGCUGUAUACACGGCUCAUAUUCAAGAGUAAAUAAACGCCGCGCCGCGCCUCUCUCUUAUCUGGUAUUGCCCUCUCUGUCUUGCCAAGCACGUUACCCGACCAAGACACGAAGUUUGUCGAGCUGUUAGUUCAGUUUGUUUGCUUGCGCCGAGUCGAUCGAGUGUGGCCGGAGACGGAAUAGCGAUAGCAAGAGCACGCUGCUUUCAGUGAGGUUAAGUUUGUCUGUCUGCAUGUUUCGCGCUCUGUGAGCGUCGUGGGAACGGUUAUCGUCAUCUCAAAAACUGCAUUUCGACGAAAAGGUGUAUUGAUUUUUGUGGAAAAGCUCUGUGUAAAAUCCAUAAAAUUGUCUCAUAAUCUGCUACAAAGUUGAAGCGGGCUAUCUUCUACAAAGUUGAAGCGAGAAGAGAUACGGGUUUCUAAAUUUAUGUGUUAGUUUUUUUUGGAAGAAUAUCGUGAAAAUAGUGUGUUUGCACUUGAGAACCAAUAUUUUCAAUUGGAGACUUAAAAGUUCCCACGUGUUUGACGCGUCAAGGAAUCGUCGCGUUGAUAAGAGCAUAGUGUCUGGAGAGACUCCACCUGCUAGUCAACUGUGAGUUCACAAUAUUCUCGAGUGUUGGUUACGUGAUAUCUAUAAACGGGGGUAGAAAAGACAAAUACUGAAUUCUAAUUUGUUGGCAAAAUAUUUAUAAUUAUAGAGCAUUCUGUCUGGAAGUGCGGAUUUGGGAUCUGGAAGAGGUCUGGAUUUGAUAAGAAGUGACAAUCUUCGUUCAAGUGGAAAGGAACCACGCGAGUCACGCGGGGAGAUACCAUAGAGUUUUCAUCGUAGGAUUGGAAAAUUAUAACUGUCCGAUUGAGUGCGUCAGAAGUAAAACGUUUUGGGAAAGGUAGUAAUUUCUUGAAUCGGUGUUGGUUGAGGAGUUGAUUAGGACAGCUGAUGAAUCGAUGAUGCUUCCAACCUCAACUGCCAGCGCAUCGCAAUCAGGUUUGGAUCUGUCCAUCACAGCCGGCUCUCAACCGUUUCAGCAGUCGGAUCGCAGCCAAUCUUCGAGUCCCGUCGAGGGUCAACAUCAGUUGCUGAGUCAGCAACAGAUCUCGCCCAGACUAGAGCAGCAUCCAGGAGCCGCAGACGUCUCGACAUCUGAGUCAGCGAUAUCGUCUUCGGCAGCCAUGGACCUCCAUCACCAUUCGCCUCCACACCUGGCGACCGCCUUCCCCUUCCCUGCCACUCAUCUGCCUUAUCUCUACCACCAUUACAACCUGCAGGCUCGGCUCCUGCCCUACAUACAUCAGCUGCAGAUGUCUCACUUCAAACAGACAGCAGCUACAGCGAGCAGAGAGCGUCCCGAGAAGCCACCCUACUCAUACAUAGCGCUGAUAGCAAUGGCGAUCACUUCGGCGCCCAAUCAGCGACUGACCCUGAGCGGCAUCUACCACUACAUCAUCGAGCACUUUCCCUACUACCGCGACAACUGCCAGGGCUGGCAGAACUCAAUCCGCCACAACCUCAGCCUCAACCCGUGCUUCGUGCGGGUGCCUCGCGAAAAGGGCGAGGGCAACGGCAAGGGUAGCUACUGGACGGUUGAUCCGGUCGCUGCCGCCAACAUGUUUGAGCGAGGCAACUAUCGCCGGCGCAAGGCGCAGCGGCAAGCCCCGGCGUCACGGGCUACUGUGCAACAGGUUACAUCAAGUCCAGAGGAGAGCGUCCGAGUCAAAGUAAUUGAGAAGAACGACUUGAAAAACAACGAUAGUAAUACGAUAACAAUUGAAAUUGAAACAAAUGAAGAUGCAGCACCGUUGAAGAAGCCAAGACUCGCCAAUGAAUUUGCGUCGGAAAACACGACUGCUCCCUUCACACCAGCAUCGCGACUAGGCAAAACAUCGAUUUUUCUAAUCGAGAAUCUCAUGAAACCUGAGCCCAAUAGCAAUUGCUCAUCAGAUGAGCAUAGCAUUGAUUCUGUGAGGAAUUCUACAUGAAGAUAUAAAUAGGCUGUUGUGAGAUCAGUAUUGUUAUUAGUUACUGUAAUCUUAAUCGACUACAAAUGAAAUUGACUAUUUUCGUCAACUCCGAUGAUGUUAACGUGCACUUGAAAUUAUAAAUAAUCAGUCUUUUUUAUUAGUUCCACUUAUAUUUGAAGCUGAGAAUAUACAGUGAGAAGAUUUGGAUUUCUUGUAAUUCACGUGAAAACGUGCUUUCAAAUAACUUAAAUUUGUAUCAUUAACUUCUUCAAUUUUGAUUAUUUUUGAGCCCCGCAAGGCGUAAUAUGACUAAUUUAGAGGCGCUGAAAUUUGUUAUCAGCGCAUUUUCAUCGAAGAGUUUUUCAAGGCACUGACCAAGUUCUGGAAUAUUAUUAUAAUGAAUUGCUCUUAUCGAAUACUGUUUCAUCUUAUCUUCAGUAUUCCAUUUUAUUUACAUUUCUGAGUUCAAUACAGCGUAAAUUAUAAAUGCCAUUUCUUGUUUGCAAUAUAAUUAUGAAAUGCCAUUCCAUCGCAAUGAUUUGUCGUUUGGUUAGCAACUGUCCUAUCCAAGAGUUUGGUUUGAAUUGAGAAAUAACUACGGUACGAAAUUAUAUAUUUUUUACAAAAUAGAAAUUUUAAAUUAAAAUAACUGUUAAUGAGAAUAUUUGAUUGUUGGCUGAAUCUGAACGUCAAUCGAGUAAUUUAUAUUCCAGAGAAAUCUCACUGGCAUUUAGGCUGCCUAAUCAGAAUAAUUUUUAUUUUCAUAAUCGACAAUGUGCCUGUAUUAGGACGGAGUUCUUAUCAGUUAAGUUGUUUACUACGUGUGUUAUCGUAAUGAUUGUGGUUGAGAUUCAACUAGAGCACAUUCUUAGUGUGUGAAUGUGAUUUUCUUGAAGUUUAGUAUUAUUAGAAGAAUUACUCAUGUUAAACUGUUUAUUCAAUGGUAAUACGGAUUCAUGUAAGAUUUAGAAAUGAAGUCUUUUGGACUCAGAUUAUAUUCAUUGACAUCAUUCCUGAUUAUUGAAGAGUUUGGAAAGUUUUCUUGUUUUGAUUGUUACUAACUGUAUAAUGUGGAUUUUCUAAAUAGAUUUAAGAAUAAGGCAUUAUAUUUCUAUGAUUUUGUAAAAUAAAGAAAAGUCAUCAUAAUUGUGACAA